AUCACUUGGAUUGUUUUAUCUGUAGUUUUGCUCAACAGCUUAAAAUAGCUUUUUUUCUCAUGAUGUCACCAGAUAUCCACUGUGAAUCAUGUGAUACAUGAUUAAACCAAAAUCGGUGGUCUGCAUAUAUUAACAUCAUGUGAUCUGAACAGGCCAGUUACUUAUCAGUCAGAAACAUCUAAUUGCAUAUUUCUAUGAAACAAAGACCACAUGACUGGCAUGCAGCUGGGCAGCCUCAUUAACCCUUUUAUGUUUACUUGUAAAGCUUCUUGAAUUAAUUUUAAUUGGUAAAGAACGAUUUAAGAAAUGUGCUAAACAAAUAUAGUUUAAUUUGAUACUGUGCAAACACCUAAUAUCAAUAGAUUUAUCACUUGACCAAGGCCUUUAAGGCCACCCACACGAACGCUGAAUCCAUGCAUGACUCUGCAACGUGCUUUAGAUGAAAGCAAAAUGUAAUAAUUAGUUCUUAGAUCUACAGCCGUAUGGAACAUACAGCCAUCUAUCAGGAAACAGUGAUGACUUGGGCAGCAAGUUUUCUUUUCUGUGAUCAAAUAAAAUAAAAUGUUCUUGUCAUUCCAUUCUUGUCUGUGAUGGCGUGUAAAAAUGGCAAAGAUCCACUAAAGGUACAUUCGACACACCCGUCUAGACUGCCAGCUGAUGGGUAGAUGAACCAACAAAAUGAUGUAAUGUAUUUUAAUAAAGAUUAUCUUAUAAAUGGCAGAUGAGCAGGUCUUGAUCGUCCACUAGCCACACUACCAAAUCUGAUGGGCAUGUGCAGGGCAGAAAUUACUUUGUCUCUAACAGACAUCCCAACCUGCAAAAAGUCAUUUCAGGGAGGUAUUCCGAAUCCGCCCUGAAAUCCCGAAGACUUUUACAAUCAUUUAAAUCACCAUGGGCAAUGCUGAAGUAGCUGUUGCAAACUGUACAGCGUGCAAGACUGUCAAUAUUUUGUACUCUUAUAAGACAGGGGUACACUUUCGUGUAGUCUUGCGUAAAAUCUUGUAUUUGCGUUUUUUGAGGGCACUCUCCCUCUGUCACGGCGCUCUUGUUUCUAUACUGAACUGACGGAGCAUUCAGUUCGGGACUCGAGAGAAGAGAUAAAAGCCCGCCCACACUGACAAUUGAUUGGUUGAUUUACCGAAACAGGCCAAUCAGGAUGCUCUCAUGCGCUUCAUUAGGCACAAACGCAGACUAGCACACACACACACACACACACAAGGUUUCUCGCUCCCUCUCCCUCUCUGCCGUGCGCGCGCUACACGGUUUGAAGCACAGUCUCUGUCUUGCAUGCGCGCCCUUGAUCACGCGUUCUAAAUUCCGGGAUAUUUUAACUCAUUUGCGGGCAUCAGGGAGCCGCUAUCAAUAUGCGGGAGACUCCCGGAACGUCCGGGAGACUUGGGAUGUCUGCUCUAAUUGAAAGGCAGUAACAGCUCUUUCAGUGUCAUACCAUUAAUACUUGUUUGGAAGCCCAUAAUAUGUUAUUGUUGAUAGUUGCAUGAUGUAUUAAAUAAAUUAAUCUAAUAAGAUUUAUCUCAAUCGACUAUUUCAGGAGCCAAGAGUGGAGGGGGUGGAGAGGUUUCUUCUGUGUUGUCCUUGAAAUCGGACCCGUUACCCUGAUUUUUUUUUUGUUAGUAGUGCUUAACCACAAUGACCAUUCGGCACUCGACUAUCUGACCUUAUCGAUUACUCUUUCCUUUCGCAAUAAUACCGGUAGUAGAGGCGCACAGUCGCACAGAGGUGACGUUUGCAGUAAACACUGGGCUUAACAUCGGAACAUGGAAUCGGGAGAUUUUCUCUAAUAUUUUUUAGAUUUGGCGUCUACUCUUUUCUUUCCACUUCCACUUUUUCACUGUCUUUCUCUCCCUCCAGUCUUAUUGUGUUCUGUCUCUCACCAUGAUUCCCGUGCCGCUCGUCGUUUGUGUUUUGGGCAGCUGGUGCUUCAUUUAUCUCACCGACGUGUUACUGAAGUCAUCCAUCUCAUUUCGUCAUGGUUAUGAGGCCUGGCUGGGAGCCAAAGGACUGUCUCUCUCGCCAUUCCAUCUCCGCUGGCAGACCUCCCUCUUCAACCGCGUCUUUGCACGCUGCGCACGAAUCAACCCCAAUGCCCUCUACCUCUGGUUUACCAGUGGUCUAGUAUUUGGGGUGGUGUCUAUGUGUGGGUCGGUGGUGUUGCUGGUGAGGACUCUACAGCAAACUCUCCAUCAGAUGACCUCUGACCUACAAACUCAAGGAGCCAGUCAACAGACACUUCAGGUGGUGGUCCCAGGUGUGAAUCUGCCUGUCAGUCAGCUUGCCUACUUCUUCUCUGCUCUGCUACUCAGUGGGGUUAUACAUGAACUGGGCCACGCUGUGGCUGCAAUAAGGGAGCAGGUGCGUGUCAAUGGAUUCGGUGUGUUUGUGUUUGUGGUGUAUCCUGGAGCAUUUGUGGAUCUGUUCACCACACACCUCAACCUCAUCUCCCCUGCCCAGCAGCUACGGGUCUUCUGUGCAGGGGUGUGGCAUAACUUUGUGUUGUGUGUGACAGCGUUAUGUUUCCUCUUCCUGUUGCCUGUCUUCCUGUUUCCUGUCUACUACACCGGGGCUGGAGCCCUUGUCACUGAUGUGGUGCAGGGCUCACCUGCAGAUGGUCCUAGAGGUUUGUCUGUGGGCGACAUGGUGACAGCGCUGGAGGACUGUGAUGUCGGAUCCGUAGAAGACUGGCAUUCCUGUCUGACUCUCUCCUCACACAACCCUCAGCCUGGGUACUGUGUCUCCUCGCUUGCCCUUCAGCCCAGCUGGGCCCAUGGCCGAGCCUUCAGGAGGUUGGAUGGAUCUAUAGAAUGCUGCAGUAAUAACAGCCUGACUGAUCUCUGCUUCUCCUACACUAAACUACAGGAGAGAGAGUUUGCUUGUCUCCCGGUUCGUAAGAUGCUGGCUGGCAGCCAUGUUUGUCGCAGCAAUGUGGACUGUCAAAGUCCUCUGGACAACCAGGCACCCAGAGUGUGUAUCUCUCCCUCCCUGGAGAACCAGACCCGGUUGAUCCGUCUAACUCACCCACCCAACACACACAUGCUGUUUGUGGGGUAUCCACCUCACCUCCAAUAUGCAGUCAGUAUGACCAACUUUGCUCCUCGUUUCGGCUUCCUGAACCUGGAACUCCCUGUUGUCAUAGAGACCUUCUGCAAAUAUGUGAUCUCCUUGUCAGGGGCUUUAGCCGUGGUCAACUCUGUACCAUGCUUUGCUCUCGAUGGCCAGUGGAUGCUUUCCGCUCUAUUGGAGGCCACACUGGUCACCUUGGUUAAGGACCGGCAACGGCGCGAGCUGAUUGGCUUCUUCGUGCUUUUGGGAGGAAGUACUCUGUUGGCGGCCAACGUAGCCCUGGGACUAUGGAUGGUAACCGCCCGAUGACAAUAACUAAGACAACCAACAUCAAUAGCCUCCAUUUUUCAGGGUUUUGUGGCCCCAUAGAGAGGCAUUGUGGGUCUCUUAUGCUUCCCACAGUGAAAAAAAGACUCAAUUUCCCAUGAGGCCCUGCAGUGUGAAUGGUGACUAAGGAGGCUGUGAAGUGUCUUGUUCAGCUGCACAUUCUGUCCUGUCAGGAACAGUGGCCUGUGUGGAAUAAGCGCAACUUACGCAGAAAGGCAGGGAUCAAAAUAACUCGACAUGAUACAUUUCAUUUUUGGUCCUCUUGAUGGUUUUACAAAUGGAUGAAUGCUCACACACACACACAUUGUUUCACAUCACAAACACACACACACACACACACGUUAUUUCACUCCUGUUUCACAUCACUCACACACAUUAUUUCACACCUGUUUCUCACACACACACAUUAUUUCACAUCAGUUUCACAUCACACACACACACACACACAAACACUAUUUCUCAUCUGUUUCACAUCGCACGCACAUACAUACUAUUUCACAUCAGUUUCACAUCUGUUUCACAGAUGAAGCGCGCACACUAUGUUCUUUACAAUUAAACUGAACAAUAGAAUAAUGUUACGAA